GAGAGAUCAUGAGCAAGCUGAGCUACAUCGAUCUAUCUAUCUAUCGAUAUUUCUGGAGCUUUCAACGCGAUUGGGUGUUUGGUAUACCCAGCUUUGACCUUUGGACAUAGCCUCGUACGACUUUUAAUUUUGAAGGCCCGACUGAUGAUCUUUUUCUUUGGUUUAUCCUUUGCCUCAUGCUGUAGUCGAUGACACUUCCUGAUCAUCCCCACUCCCGUUUACGCUUCAUAUUUGGCUGCUAGGUCAUAAGAACUAUCUACUGAUGGCGGCUUCUCCGAAUGCUACCGUCAGUGAAACAUUUGGUGCAAUGUAUAUCGGGGCAAUGAUAUCAAUGUCGUUAUAUGGUAUAACAACGCUUCAGACGUACUUUUUCUUCUUAAACUAUGUCCAGGAUCAUAUCAGUAUCAAAGCCUUGGUUGCUGUAGUUUGGUUCGUGAAUCAGAGUGGAUAUUGGGUUCUUCCGUACAUGCCUUUCCAACAAGAUAUGCACAGGGUUUUGGAUACAGUUCAUUCAGGGCUCAUGUGCCAUGCAAUGUAUCAAUAUCUCAUUAUGGGCUACAUUUAUCCGGAAAUCUUCGAUUCGGGAACCUGGUCGUUGUUCGCUUCAGUCGCUUUGAACGUUAUUGGGGCAUUCAUCUCUCAAUGCUUCUUCACAAAACGUAUACAUGAUUUGAGCCAACAUCAGUUCAAAUCUAGCCUUUCCAUCUCGACAGCUUGCAUUGUACUGGGGCACUUCAUUUUCGGAAUAUACACUGUCAUUCAAUUUUCAAUCAGAAAAUCAUUUUCUCGGCUAGAAGAAGUUACUUACAACUGUGUCAUUCCUUUCGGCGUUUUCGCAAUAUUGUCUGAUAUUGUCAUAGCCUCUGCACUUAUUCUUCUUCUUCGACGAAGUCGAACGGAGUUUGGUGAUACUAACUCUUUGAUAAAGAAACUAAUAGUUUACGCUAUCAACCGUUGUGUGUUAACGUCGGUUGUCGCUAUCCUCGAAGUCAUCCUUUUUUUGUCUUUCCCGAACUCGAUGUAUUCGUUUGCGUUCGAUUUUGUUAUUGGAAAGCUAUAUGCUAAUUCACUUCUGGCGUCUCUCAAUUCUCGAAGAUCUCUACAACGCCAUAAUUAUGCAGAUCGCAGAACAUCGACGCAGUUCUCCACUGUGCUGCAUGUCAUGUCCUCAGCUAUGGAAACUGAUCAUAGGGUUGCGCAGGAAGAGUCGUUGAGAAGUAUGGGAAGUAAAGAUUUCACACCUCCAUCGUCAUUUGACAAGGACAUGGGAAUAGCAGUGUCUAGCUCGAAGUCAGGGAAUGGGUACAAAAGUCUUCAUGAACGACGACGUUCAAUGCCUAUGAUGAGUGUAUGAUGCUGGCAUUCGACACGGAAAAAUGUUUGUUUCCACCAUGUCUCCAUCUGACACAAAGCUACUCAAGCGCUUCGGCGCCUGCGGAAAACAUUGUCACAUCGCCUGCUCAACGAGCUGUAAAAGGACACGCCACGAAGAACGUCUUCGCAAAACUCUAACGGCUUUGUCAAUUAAGCUCCUUUAACAGGGCCUAGGUGGUGCGAUAAAGAGCCGAGUUGGAGUGAAAGGGCUCGAGUUUGAAUUACAUCGCGAAACUAGAUACACAUCUUUAUCACAUAUUUACAUACUUCACACAAGUCCUGUACUGCCAUUAUUUCACUUUGAAUCCUGA